AUGGCUGAUGUGCUUGCUCCGGCUGCUCUGCCUUAUGUGCAAAUGGUUGAUUGGAGACCGCUGUGCCUAGAAGCGAGGCCAUCCCUGUUCCUCGUCCUCUUCACACCCUUGCGUGGUAAGCGGAAAGAGACCAAGAGGCUCAUGGACCAAGCCGGCACCAAGUCCGCGCAAGAGAAGAGGGUACUUCGUAAACUCAAGUGGUUAGCAGAGACCGGACUUGCCUCGCACAUCGACGCCCGGUACCUCUACGUGCUGACCUGCGCCCACAUCAUCGACCAUUUGUUUCACGCAGUGCACAGCCCAAUCCAAGCAGACAAGGUGAACGAGCUGUUCAGGGUCCAGGUCACCUGCCACCACGCCGAGAGAGCCUUCAUCGAGGGCGGGAGGGUCGGCGACCGCGCCUACGCGCCGGCGACGGUGUGCGGGAUCGACUGCGCCAGCGACCUCAUGCUGCUGCGCGUGGACCUCGGCGCCCUGCCCCUGAGGUUCAACGACGAUGGGCAGAUGGAGGCGUGCCCGCAUCCGCACCCGAUCCCGCACUUCUCCCCACACCAUGUGCCGGCCGCCGCCCAGCUGAUGCUGCUUUCUUGGCCCGAGUUCCGGCCCUGCACGUUGGCCACGGGCCUUUACUGCAUGCAGCGGUUUCUGCCUGACAUGAGCACCAACCCUGUUGGAUACGAUCUCUUUCUUCUGGAGGCGUACAUGGGAAGCCAGGGGGGCUCCUCAGGAGGGCCGCUGUUCGAUUCUUUCCGGCGGGUCAAGGGCAUCCUUCACGGCGGCUCCGGCGGACCGCACUCCCACUUUAUCCCGUCCAGACUCAUUCUCCCUUUCAUCCAGGCCUACGCGGUCCCUCCAAAGCCUCCAGCCCCAGCUCCCUCUGCAGAUGACAAGCCAGGCCCUCCUCCGGGGCCGGGAGACCGCAAGCGCGGCCCCCCCAAAGAUGACAAGUCGGGUGGCUCCAAGCGACGUCUCUCUUCUGGUUCCCAAGGCAUGAGCAGCAAGUCCGCUGCUGCUGCAGAACCAGAGGUAUUGUCAUCUCAUUGGAAGAUGGCAUGUUCAAGUUCCUCUGCUUAA